GGCGACGGCGGUGGUGGUGGAGGUGGUGGCGGUGGCGGUGGCGGCGACGGGGCCCAACGGCGAGAAGCGGUCGGAAAAAUGGCGUCCGAUAACGAAGCCUCUUGCGCGAGUGACCCAAAUUUCGCGGUGAUCUGCUCGUUCCUUGGAUGCUUCGGCAAAUCCUGCGGCAUCAUUUACCCGGACAUCGCGCGACUCCAAGAGAUGCUCGAGAACACGCAGGAAGUGUCAAGAGAGUUAAUAGAUCUGCACAUCAAGUUGUUACGUAAAACACGUAAAACUGUAUCGCCAGAAAAAUGGGAACGGGCACUAGUCAAGUUUUGUCACACGUACUCUAAUCAAGAUGGAUGGGAACUUGAACGCUUUGGUUACAAAAAGGCUCGCAUUGCUGUUAAACUGCGUUUACUUAAAGUACUAUUGGAAACGCAAUUUGACUUAAAUCAAAAAUUUAAGAAUGAAGUGAAUAAAUUGGCAGCUGAUGAAUUACGUGUGGAACCAUUAGGAAGGGACAAAAGUGGAUUAGCAUAUUGGUGUCAGCUGGACGAGGAAUGCAACAUAAGAGUUUAUAGGGAAGAUUUAGACGAGGAGAAUUGGGAACUAGUAGCUAAGGAUCGAGAGGGUGUUGUUAAUCUCAUAAACACCUUAUCGAAUGGCGAAGCUGGAGCUAUACCAAUUAACGAAGAUAGCAACAGUUUAGAAAUCUCUGAAAAACCUAUAAUAGACACUGGUCAAGUAACGACAUCACCAAGUCUGGAAGACGAAGUUGUGCAAGAGAAUGGUAUUCACGCAAAUGAGAUGAAUGAUAAACAGCUACCGAACGGCAGACGUGACGAGUUUGAAGAUGAACAUGAACAUGAUCAGGAUCAAGAUCAAGAUGAUGAUAAUGAAGUUGAAAAUGACGAGGAAGAAGAUAUUGAUGCAGAAGAGGAGGAUGUAACAAAUGAUGAAAGUUCCAAGCAGAUUACAGAGGAAGACGAUUCUCAAGAAAUGGUACAAACUUCGAGCAUAGAAUCAAGAUGUAUGAACACUUCAUCUAUAUUAUCAGUGUCUAAUUUGAAAACGCUAAAUAUGAAGAUGGAUGUAAUAUCAGAAGAUGUAAGCCGCAGAGAGGCUACCGACGAAAUGUCUGAUUCUUUAGUAUCGGAGAGCAAACCCGCGAUUAUACAUAAACAGACUGUACUUUCACAGACAGUAACAGAUAUCGUGAAAUCUGAAGUUGAAGAAUCAGCACCGUUAAAAUCGAUUGAAACGCCUGUUAUUACUUCAUCUCCAUUGAAACUGGUAAAUAUUUCGGAGUUGAAGCAAACACCGGAAGAAAAAUUGCCAUGUCCAACGACACCUGUCACUGCACUGUUAAACGCGACGAGAAAAUACGGUGCCUCCGACGAGAUGACAGAUCCUGUUAUGAAAUCACUCGAGAAAUUAUCUGGCAAAAGUAGUGUACUUUUUUCUUCCACGGAUUCUGUUUCCAUGGCACACAGCAAACUAUCUGUCAAGCCAAUAGAUCAAUUGGCUGCUAAUCUCGUGAGGAUACAGUCAGAAAAACUAGAGAAGCCAAGCGGACCAAAAUCGUUGGAAAAAAUAGCGGAAUCUUUAGCAAGAUCUGGCGGUAUAUUGGGAAAUACCAUGAAUGGAGAGGACGACAGAUUGCCGCAAGAUUUUUGCUCAAGAAAUCAAUCUGAAAAAUCGGCAACUCUCAGGGGUCACAGAGGUAUAGACUUGUCGACAUCACCGCGUGGCUGGGAGAGCAUAAGCGAGCAGAACAGACCCAUGGAUUUUUCCGGAAUCGAUCUUUCUAGUCGAAAAUUGGGGAAGACGAUGGAACUGCCUUCCCCGGGUUAUCGGACACAGGACUUCCAGCAUCGAGAAAUGGACCUGAGCACAAAGAAGCUGAACAAACCGGAAGUAUCGAAUUUGCCAUACGAUGCACGUAGCGUGAUGAUGCGCAACCAUGCGAUGGUGGCUGAUCUGAGCAAGCGGCAAAUGCCGUUCACCGCGUACGAGAUGUCAUCGACGCCGUAUCACAAUACAGCUAGAUUACCCGUCAAGGACGAGCAUAGAUUACCGAGCUAUACGAUACUUCCCGAUCCUAGCAAGAUUACUUCCUUAAGGAUGAACACUGUACCACUGAAACGUCCCUUAGAAGGUGAUGAUGUGCAGCAAGACAUGUUGAAAAGGAUAAGAGCGGACGUAAUUCCAAUUAGAGGCUCCAUAGAUAAGAGACCGAUGAUGAGCGGCAAUUGGAGGGAUGAGGUGAGCGAGGCUAUUGAGGAACCUAUGAUGAUGGUUCAAGGCGAAGGAUCUGGUAGUGAUUGUGACGCGGUGAAUCCUGUUGUCGGAGAGGCUGUGGAGGAACCGACAAUUUUUUUUUAUGGUGAGGGUUCCGGCGCGGAAUGUGAGACAGGUAAUCCCGGUGACGACACGUCCACUGACAAUAAAGAAAGCAACGAAUCAAAAACUGAACCUGAUUCAGCUACCGCGACAUUAUCGCAGAAUAAGGUUUUAACCGAGAACGAGGUGUCUACGGGCUCGAUAGUGUCAAACAAAACCCCUGUAAAAUUAAAUAGAAAUUAUGCGCAAUCUAAUUUAAGUAUAAAUGAUAAUUGUCAAAUAGUAGAUUCUAUGCAAGAGAAGCCAAAGUUGAAGCACAUAUUGGGCGUCCAAAUAAUACCUAAAAGUACAACCGGUCCCGUCAAAAGGUUAUCUAGGUGGGACGUGGGAAAACCGGAGGAGAAAACAGAAUGUGACAGUAGUAUCAUAUCACACGUGGAAGAAGACAUAUCACUGAAGGAAAAUACAAAUGAUUACAAACAUGACAAUGCAGAGCAAAAACUAUCGAAUAUGGAUACAGAAUCGCCAAUUAAAAUCGAAGAUUCUGUUGAUGUAAAUCAGGAUAUCAAAAUAGAUGACAACAAUUUUAUAAACACAAAAAGUGAAACUACCAUCGAAGACAGUGUUAAAUUGCAAGAGUCUGAUAUAAAUUUAAAGAGUACGAGUACAAUGGAACAGGAAGAUGAUUCUAAACUUCAAGAAUCCGUGCAGUGUGAUUCUUCUAUAUCGUCGUGUCAACUGGAUAUCUCACAGACACCCGAACAACGUACAAAUUCUGAACUAUCUAUAAUAGAUUCAGUCAAUGUACAAAACGAUUCGAAUAGCGUGGUUUCAUGCGAGCCGGAUACUCCCGAAAUAACAGAUAACGAAUGCAAACCCAUAAUCGCAAAUUCUCCACCGAGAUUUUUUUUUGGUCCCAAUUGUAUCUCUUAUACCUCGAAAACCGACAAAUUAGAAUCGGAGCAAAGCUUGAUUACAUCUGCGCACGAUAAAACUGAUACUGUGCAAUAUGAAUGUGUGUCUUCAUCGAAACCAGUGGAUGAUACCGUUUAUCCAUACAAAGAUACGGAAGAUUUUGAGUUGGCGCAAACAAACAACAAUUUGCUAAAAACGGGUCUGUAUACUUCGGAUUCUGACAGUAUUCCAUGUGGAAACAAUAAUGAAGACAUGAAAAAAAUUGAAGCACCAAGCAAUACGUGGGAUCAACAAACAACUUCAACAUUUAAUAGCUCAAUAGAACCAAGCGAUGUAUCCGAGUGUGAUGCCCCUAAUUCAUCUGUUGUGCAAGUUUCAAUAGAAGCGAAUAAAGAACUGAGUAUACAAGAAUCUGUUUGUACCAGCAAAGAAAUAGAAGAAGAUAAUUUUUCAAAAAUUGAUAUAAGUGUAUCAGAGGCAGUAACAGAAAAUGAAAGUAUUAAUGAUAUAAGUAUGACUAAAAAAGAUCCAAUUAAAAUCAGUUUGAUCAGUGAAUCCAGCGUAGUUGAACCAGUAGAAUGUGGAAUUGUUGAGCCACCACAAUGUGAUCAAUCUACUGAUUCUGAAAAACUUGAAAACAUAGAACAAACUCAAAAAAGUGUUCCUUUUGAAAUAUCGGACAAUAUUACAUCACAAUUGUCAAGUAAUAGAGAGGAUAAAAAUGAAAAACCAAUUGAUGACUGUAAAAUUGAAGAGAACAAUCAUCAGUCUGUUAAUUCAAACAGCAUCAAGGAAGAUGAAGGGAAAACUGUAACCCCGCAUUCAUCGCUUCUUACUCAAGAUUCACAAGAAAAAUUGUUUGAUUUUAAGGAAUUAAUUAACAAUUCGAACAUCUUAUUGAAUUCCACGAAUACAGCCACAUUAUCCGAGGAUUAUCAGGAAACAGACAGUCUUCAAAAGAACGAUCUUGAUUCUGCUGGGGAGAAUUGCGACAAACAGAGUGACAAGAAUGACAAUUUUUCUGAAAUCGACGGUCAGGAAGAUCAUUCGACUGAUACGGAUAACGAGAAGAUGAAAGGUCUGGUCGGUUCUGACGCUGAUUCAUUGUGCGUCAAUUACGAUAAGAACAGCGAAAGAACUGAUGCAUUGUCGGACAUAGGAAUGCAGGAUGAUGGAUCCGGUGAUUCCGAAGAAAUUAAAGAGAAAGAACUGAACGAUGUGCAAGUUAACAAUACUGUGUUUGAUAUGGAUUCUGUGAUCGUUUCGGAGUCUACUCUUGAAGAGAAUAAUAAACACGCUUUAGUUCCUACCAUAAGCAAUUCGGAUGAUGUGUCUGCGCCGGAUUCUUCAUCUCAACAAAGUGAAUCUGAGCAAAUAGACAAUAAAAAAGUUGAAAAUACGUUAUCUGUCACUGAUAAACCUUCUACAUUUAAUUUAUCAGAAAUAAUACCUGAAGCAAACAUUUUUGAACUUCCCAGAGCGAAUAUUGUCGAAACUACAAAAGAAACAAACUUUUCUAACAUAGUUCAGACUACAAGCGAAUACGUCGACGAUGUUUAUGAGAACCCCAGUUCUUGCAUCGAUCAAGAUUCUAACGAAGAGAUGGUUAUAGAUGAUCGUGUAUCUGAAUCUAAUGAAUCAUUUAAAGAAACUGAGGAAGUUAUAACAAAUGAUGAACAACCAGAGGAUACAAAGCCAGAAGUAAUAAUGGAUUCCAAAAAAGAAGCUUUUGCUAUAGCAAACAUUGAACGAGAAUCUUUUCAGACUGCAACAGAAACUGAAAUCUCAGAAAAAGAGAAAUCUGAAGCCGAUGUAGAAAGCAAAAAUAAUAAAGAAUUUAUCGAAGAUGAGAGCAAAACUUAUAAUACUGAUAAACGAGAUACGACAGUAGUAGAAGAUAUUUACGAUCUUAGUAAAAGUAAAGAAAUUGUUGAAAGCACAGAAAAAUCAGAGAUAAAUACGACAACUGAACUUGUAACUACUGAAUUAUCAGAUGUACAUUUAACAAAAUCAGAUGUUUCUCAAGAAUCACAACAGGAGGUAAUGAAUGAGAAUAAACAGUCGCUGGUUGCAAAUUACGAUAGUAAUUCCAAUGAUGGUAGCGAUAAUGUUUUUGAUCCGGAUAUGAUGCAAAAUGAUUCUAAAGAUGAUAUUACCAUUUCGAUAGAACAAAAAAUUAGUGAAAACCUGCACGAAAAAUCAUCUGUCAAAAAAGAUGACAUCAACAACAUAAAUUUAGUCUUUGAUGUACCUCAAGAGAAAUUAUCUGAGCAGCAAACAGAGGAAUUUUCACAAACGAAAAUUAAUGAGGAAUUAAAUGAAGAUGUUACGAUCGUUAAUAAGCAGACAAAAGUUAUUUGCAACAUUGAUAAUAAUAUUGAAAAUUGUUUAAAUGACGAAUCGACAAUGCCUUUAAAUAAGGAUGAAUUUCAAGAAAAAACAGACAUUCAUGAUAUUUUUAUUACUGAGAAUUCCAAGAAAUUGGAAGUGUCAGAUCUGACGAAGAUAGCAGCUCCAGUCAUGGCUGAAGAAAUAACUGAACCUAUUCUAAACAAGAAUUUUGAGAUGCCUAUUAGUCAUAGUGAGAAAAGUAAAGAACAUUUUAAUAAUUUGAUCGAUAAUAUGAAAAUCGUGCAAGAUUCUCAAAAUGCUGUUGAAGUGGAAAAGGGAGAUUGCAUAACACUCGAAAAUGUGUGUAACUUUAGCGAAAACGACGGGAAUAAAUGUGCAAAAUCUUCAUUUGUCCAAGAAAGUUUAGAAAUUAACGUUGUGGAUAAUCAAGUAACCAGUAUAUUUGAUGUAAAGGAACAACAUGUGAGAGACAUUGACGAAAAACUGAAUAUUAGUUUGGAUACGGAAAAUAUUGUAAGAUUGAAAAAUGUAAAUGAACACAUUGCUGAAGAACUGCCUAUUCCAUGUAAAAGAUUUAAAGAAGAUCUAGCGGACUAUGUUAAAGACAAUAAAUGGGAUGUAAAAUUACAAGAAGAAUGUUUAACUAAACCAUCCGUUGAAGAGGUGAGUUUACCACCGAUUCAAACAGGAUCGAAUAUUGUGCCAGCAAAAUUGGAUAAUGCUUUAGCUGCGGAUAAAUCGUAUCUUGAAGAUGCGAAAUUAGAAGGCAGCGUAUCUUCGGACGCCUUAUAUUAUCCAAAUUCAAUGUCUAUGAAGAUGGAAAAUGUUAAUAACUUGGAUAGUAGUCAAAAUGAGCCUUUUAGUAUAAAUUUGAAUGUAAAUAAAAGUACAGAGAAUUUCAGUGCGCCUUUAAAUACGAAAGAUGAAUCGAUGAUAUUUUUUGCUCAAGAGACCAUCUCGGAAGUUAGUGCUGUAAAAUCUGAUAUCAAGAAAGAAGCCAGCAAGAGAUUGAUUGAUACCUCAGACACGGAAGAUGUUCCUCCGCUAAAAUCUAAGCCACCAUAUUUAGAAAUCGAUGAUAAGACUUUGGAAAAUUUAGUAAAUACCGAGGUACAAGCGCUUAAGAAUUUAGAUACAUUGAACGAAGUUGAAAAAUUAAGACCACAAAUCAAAGAUGAAGCGAAAACAUCAGCGAUUUCCACGACGCAAUUGUUUCAAAACAAUUUUGAUAUGAUUAACGAUCCCACGGCUGUUGCAGCGAUAGAAGAUUCUAAGAUCGGUUUAGAAGUAGCAGAAAGAAAAGAAUCAUCUUUGGAAAUCCAGAAUGUUGAGAUGAAAACUUUAUCCGCAGCUUCUGACAGCGAUGAUUCGACAGGUAUGGACAACGAGGGUAUUUUUAACGUGCCCUCAGAGGAAGCUGAUCCUUUAGCAUGUACCAAUGAUGAUGUUUUGAAGAAUAUUACCGAGGAUAAUGCUUUGAAGAAUAUUACUGAAGAUGACACUUUGAAAAAUAUUACUGAGGAUGAUGAUGUUUCUAAGAUAAGUAUCCGUAUAAAACCGGCAUCCGAAAUGAUUUACGAGGGAUGGAAAUUAGACAGCACUAUGGAAACACCAAAGAUUUCGCGAAAACGGCGAAACAGCGCUCACGAAUCAAAUUCCGAGGACGGGGCUACAAAACAAGAAGAUGAAGAAAUGAUGGGGGGCAAAAGAAUGAAGCUACGCGCAAAGCGUAUGCCCGAUAAAGAAUUACGAAAAUCCAUUGAAGAAAGUCGCGAAGUAGUGGUGAGCUCCGAAGACGAGGCUGCAAAAUGUGAUCCCGAUAACGUACCGGAACAUGUGGCUAAAGAUGGCAGUGAUGAUCCGACUAUUAUGCAAUCGAUGCCGAUUGACAAAAAGAUCAGGGGUCGUCCUAGAGGUAAACGGAGGCGUGGUUUUCGAGGAGGACGUUCCAAUCGGCCGAAACUUGCGGAAUUUCAGGGCGAUCAGACGUCAGAAAUAUCAUCCGGUGCUCAUCCUGAUGGGGCUUCUAAUGAUGCUUUGACUGCAACGCAAAAAAGACGAAAGAAACGAAAAAUGGUUCUCGGUUUAGAAAUAGGUAGAGAUAUUUCACUAGAAACAGAAACACCAGGAGUGGAACAGGAUGAGACGCCUGUCAGGCAAUCAAGAAGAAUAGCACAGUUGAAAAUUAAAGAACAAGCAGAUAGACGCAGAAUCGAGGAGGAAACUAUGCGCGAGUUGGAAGAGAAAAAAGAAUCUGAAAAGAAAAAGAGAAAAAAGCAGAAACCGGAAAGUGAAGAGGAUUAUAUAAAAGAGGUUAUCAUAAAAGAAAUUGAAAAGGAGAAGAAAUCUAAAAAGAAACGUCGAAAGAGAAAAAAGAAAAAGAUGUUAGCCAAAUUCAACGAAGCAAAUCCAUGGCAGAGCUCAUCCGGAUCUAGUAGUGACGAUGAAAAUGAAAAUGAAGACGAAGAAGAGGAAGAUGAAGAUAUCGAGAGCGAGGGAUCUUUACUAUUUAAAAGUGAUCACGAGUUUUCUCCGGAAAGUGAUCUCGAAAAAGACCAAGAGUCUGAGCCGUUAAGACGUGCUAGAACUGCACAGAAGGCCCAAAAUGAUGUUGAAGAAGCUGAGGAUGAGUAUGCCUGUCAGAAAUGUGGCAAAGCUGAUCAUCCUGAAUGGAUUCUUUUGUGUGAUUCUUGCGAUAAAGGCUGGCAUUGCUCAUGUCUCAGGCCAGCUCUUAUGCUUAUACCUGAAGGCGACUGGUUUUGUCCACCAUGUCAGCAUACUCUCCUGGUGACUAAGCUACAGGAAACAUUGAAAACACUCGAUCAGUUAACAAAGAGACAUGAGAAUGAAGUACUACGGAAGAAGCGAUUGGCUUUUGUUGGCAUAAGUCUAGAUAAUGUGCUUCAUAAAGGCGAAACGCAACGCGUGUCGAAAGGAUCGAAAGCAUCCAGUCAGGAAUCGGAUAAUGAAUCUUCGGACUCGUCCUCGUCGGCAUCUAGUUCAGAAACAUCGAGCAGUGAAGAAAGCGAACCAGUUUAUCAAUUACGUGAACGUCGAUGCGCCAAUACCUACAAAUUUAACGAGUAUGAUGAUAUGAUUAAUGCCGCGAUUCAGGAUGAAGUUGAAGCAGUUCAAGGCGCUGGUAAUCAGGGAAGAGGUAAAGAUAUUGCAACGAUAGUCAAUGCGGAGAAGGAAGAGGCUCAGGCCGAAGCAUUAAAGAUGACGCAAUUAGAAGAGGAUAAGGAUGAUAUAGAAUCAAAACCGGAAAAAGAAAGUGACGAGGAAUAUAAGAUCGAAAAUGAAGAUAUGAUUGAUGAAAUAGAAGAAAAGCAAAAUACGGUUGCUAGGAAAUUGUUAGCACGUAAGAAACAUCGAAAAUUAAAUAGCCUUGAUAUAAGUAGCGAAGAUGAUCCAGAUAGUGAUGAAGAUUUCAAGGGUACGAGUUCCGAAGAAGAGGAAGACUUUGAUGAUCAUAUCACGUCAUCUGAUGACAGUAGUUUUGAUGUAAAGCGACGUGGUAGAAAAGGCGACUCGCGACCUGUUAGAAGAUCUACCAGAGCUCGUAUGACUAGGGCUUAUGAUGAAGAUUUUAUCAAUGACGAUAGCGAGGAGAGUGAUCGGCCAAAAAGAAAGAAAUCGCGAUCGAUAUGGGGAGAUUCGGAUAGCGAGGAUAGUGAUAAUUCGUGGAGGCAGAGAAAGAAAAAAAGCAGAACAAUACCAACAUCCAGGAUUAGAACGAUACCCAAGACAAAGGGCAAAAAAAGGAAAAAGAGAAAACGUAUAAUAGAAUCCGAUAAUCAGAGCGAGAACGAUGAAGAAGAUGAGUCGAAAAUUGAAGAACAAUGUGAACCUAACUUGCAAGACGUAAAUACUACUGGACUGACUGAGGUCAUGGACAUUAAUAAAGAAGAGAAUUUUGAAAAUGACACUGGCGAAAAUAAUGUCGAGAUGAAAGAUAUUAAAUUACAAGAAAUAGCCUCUGAUGUUCCAAUUCCCCAAAUUUCACAGCCACCAGAGAUAGUGCCGAUUCAAAAAAUCAAAAAGGAUAUGCUAUCUAAACCGAAAAAAGCCCCAACUAUUCGACGAAAGAUUAUUUAUGGUGGACUUCCAGAUGAAAAUAGACGAGAAGAGGAAGAAAUAUUAAGUAGGAGGACUCGAGGACGGAAGAUCAAUUAUCGAGAGGAAAUAGCAUCAGAUAGUGAAGAGGAACUGAAGAAGGCGCUGAUGAUGAGGAAGACCGGCGAGAGUGAAGAUGAAUUUGUUGUAAACGAGGCUGACGAUAUAAAUGAUGAUGGGGAGAAGGAUUCAGAUUCAGGAGAUGUUUAUAUUCCCAAGAAAGAUGCUCUAAAAUUCAAGAACAAAUCGUUGAAGACGAAGAAAUCGCGUAACGGCAAGAGUCUUGCAAUGAAGCGAAAAUCGUUGUCGGACGAUAUGCCGAAGCAAAGAAAGAAACCUGGACCAAAACCGGGAAGCAAAAACAGAGCGCGUAAACAAAAGUUAAAGGAUGAUGUAGAUGGAGACAUGAUUGGCGCAGUCAUGGACAACCCUAUCGAUAUAGCGUCUAAAAUGGAUGAGAAUCUUCCGGACAAUAUCGGACUGACGGGUACAACCAUGUCAGUAGCGAGCUCUUUUACUGGGGAUGUUCCCGAGGGUUCGUUGACGAGUCUUGGUGCUGGGGAGUUAGCUGACUUGGAUGAGGAGCAGCUCGAGCAGAUGAUGUUGGAUGAAGAAUACGGACGACGGCAAUUGGAGCUCGCGGCCAUUGAAAUAGCGAAAAAGAAGAAGAAAGAGGAACGAGAAGCUAAGAAGUUGGAGAAGGCGCGUUUGAAGGCUUUGGAGAUACUGGCAGCAGAAAGCAGAGAUCCCAACGCACCCGAGGGGAUGGAUGGCGAGGCUCCUAAGAAGAAAAAACGCGGACGUCGCAGCAAAGCUGAAAUAAUUGCUGAGCAAAUGCGUAGGGACAGUGCGUCGAAUCUAGGCAUUGCACCGACGGCAGCUAUUGGCAGUAUUGGCACGCCGGAUAGCGCGAGUAAUAUGCAAUCUCACAACGUGAAUCCUGCUACUUUAUCUACAAGUUUGACUCCGGAAACCGACAGAAGCGUCGAAGGUCAUAUGUCUCUUAUGACUGGGCCGGAUGGACAGCUCUUUAAUCCAGAUGGUACGCCGAUGAAGCCGAAACGACGCGGUCGUGGCAAAGGCAAGAAGACGCUUGCAUUAGAGGCAGCCAGAGCUGCGGAGGCAGCGGCUAAAGCCGCAGCCGAAGUCGGCUUGAUCGCUGGUAUGGGCACCGACUCGAACCCGGAGAUGAAACAGAGUGAUAUUCCGAAUAUUCUUCCUACACCAGGUAGCAGUACAUCCGGUUCAGCGCCCUCCACACCGCCGGCGAGUGCCGUCCCGACACCAGGUCCACCGUCGACACAGUCGUCGAACUCGCAGUCGGUUUAUCCAGCGCUACCUUCCGGUCAACAGUCUUCCGUCAUUACAAGGAUGCUUCAGUCUCAACCAGUAUCUAACAGUCCGCAGUCCUUUACCGCAGCAGCGGCCGCAAUGGGUCACAAAUACUUUGGCGGGCCUAAUGUCGGUGGACAAAUCAUGGGCGGUCCGCGAACGGGAUAUGAAAUGCAGCCGCGCGCCAGGAUUCCAUCUCCGUAUAGACAGGCAGGUCAAUCAUCUAUGCCGCCGCAUUUUGCCGCGGUUAGAUCGGGUACUCCGCCGAUGCGUAUGCGAGUAUCCGGACCGCAAAUGUAUCAUACGUCUCAUCAUCCAAUGGAUCCAUCGCCGUCGGGUGGUGGACCGAUCUCGAUCAAUAAUCGAGAUCGUAGUUCACCUUUAACCGGCGGCCCGGCGAUGAUUCCACCAUCGGCCAGCAGUCCAUUGGCCAAGGGCGGCCCGACGCCACCGCCCCCGCCGUAUGUACGGGGCGGACCACCGAUGGCCAGGUUUGCCGAGAAUCCCAUGGGGCCCAGGCAUCAAAUGCCACCGUUUACUAACGCUUCGCCGGUUAAUCACAAUCUGCAACAACCUUCCCCACCCCCUAAUCGGCCACCUGGUAACUUUUCACCGUAUCAUCCACCUCCGCCUCCCAAUUACCAUUACGGUGCCUAUCCACCACCUCCACCGAUGUCUACGGCGGAUGAUGCAGCCGCUUACCAGGGCUCGCCGUAUCCCUCAGAGCACUUCUCCUCACCGGCAGACAACCAACCUCCGAUCCAGGGGCCUCCACCACCUCAGGGACCGCCGCCACCGCAGCAGUCUCAUCCAGGCGAUCCCAAUGCCGCUAACAAGCAGUAUGAUGAAGAGGGCACCGGCGAAUUUGGCGGGCUGGUAUCUUAUUUCAGUAGCCAGAGAGAGGACGAUCUUGAUUCGUAGCAUGAAUGAGAGCUUGGCCAACCCUGAAUUAUUAGGUAGGGAGAGCGUGCCCAGAUAAAACCGCAACGUUUGCCGCAGAGGAAAAAGCGAUAAACGCAACGCAAACGCGAAUAUGAUAUCCUGGAAGAUUCGACUUUUCGAGGAUGCUAGCGCGAAACGCGGAUGCUAGAGCUGGAGUCUUCCUCUUCGACUCCUCUAAAGCAAACAGUUGUCCUGUGUACUUUUUGUACUUCUUACGGAAAAAUGUCGUCAAUGGCAAAUACGAGGUUGGCCAAGUAUAGAUUGAACGGAGAGAUAAAUCAGAGCGAUGGGGCGGAGCCUAUUUUCUAAGAGUUGUAAGUUUUUCUGUAAUUAGCUUUUAGUUCGAUUGGAUUUAUAUACAAUGAUGUGCGAUUGUGCGAGAGAUCUAAGAUAAUGGAGAUACAACGGUCGUCUUAUCCAGGAGAUGACGAAACAAAAGAUCUGACCAGAACUAUUUUUCAUCAUUAUUUAUUACUAUAAUCCGCCAGUAGAAUUUUGCGAGUAAAGUUAUUCCCGAAAAGUUUUAAAGCGAAAAUAGAGAGUAUCCGCGCUCCGCGUGAUACUAGUAUCCUUCCGCGAAGCGAAACGUGAAAAAUUAAUCUUUAAUAAUGAUGAAAAAGGAAAAUUAAAAAAUUGAACUGGCUAAAACGACGUACUGUUGUUAACAUGUACAUAUGUAAAUAAUAUAUAAGUCAUUUAGAUUAUAUAUGUAUUAUAUAUAUAAACAUACACAGAGAGAGAGAGAAAGAGAGAGAGAGAGACAGAGAAACGCAGUCAUGCAGAAUAUACUAUAAAAAUGAAUUAGUGCGGAAAGGGCACAAAUGUAAUAUUUAAAUUUAAUUCAAGAGAAUGACAUUUGAGUAUAAUAAAUUAACAAAAGAUUGUGAAGACUAUUACUAUAAUUAUUUAUAAAGAAAAAGAUUAAGAAUUUAUGAUAUAGACAGUAUAUUGUAUUUUACAAAUUUUACUUCAUAUAAUUCUGAGAAACCAUUAAAUAUAGUUAUAUUGGAGAGCAGGAGGCUGCUUUAAAUAUUUUCUUUGCGAAAAGCAAAGAAAAAGGGACUUUGACAAAAAAAAAUUAGCGUAAUUGGUAUAUCACUGCAUAUAUGUGGAAGCAGUGCAAUUAUUUAUAUAUCUGAAAUGAUUUAUGUUUUUAAUUUGUAUAUUUUUUCUAUAUAUUUCUAUAUAAUUUUUCGAUUUAUUCAGGCAUGUGCAAGUUCUUUUAAUUGAAAAUUUGCGCAGAAUAUAUCGCGCUGAUAUUCUCAAGAAGAAAAAGAAACAGAUUUAUAUAUAUAUAUAUAUAUAUAUAUAUAUAUAUAUAUAUAUAUAUAUAUUUAUUAUAUAUAGCAAAUUAUAUUAUGAUAAAUUAUAUUAUGAUGUAAACAACAUAUACGCAGAUUAUAUAGAAAUGUAUUAUUAUGUGAUUAUGCCUGAGAUAAUGAUUCUGGCUUAAAAUCCAUCUGAGUAUUUGCGCUUAUAGUGCACGAUAUGUUGAAGGCACUAUCUUGCGUAGGGUUUCUAUCUAGAAUUCCUUUCUGUACUUUCAAAAUUGUCGGUAUAUCCAUAUUCUUUUUUAAUAUUUCAAAUGUUUUAAAAUGAUCAUGUUUUACUAUAAUCAUCCAAUUAUAUCGUUUAAUAUGAUUAUUUCGUUUAAUGUGAAAAUUACGAGUUCUUGCAAGAAUAGGAUUGUGUCAAUUCGAAAAAUUCGAAUUAAUCGAAAUUUAUUAAAUAUUUGUCUUUGAUAUGGAUAUUAACCAAUGAUAAGAUUCUAAGUCCAGGAAGGAAAUCAUAAUAGACGAGGACAAGAGUCGUUAUUCGAACAGAUAUUGUUGAAAGCAUUUCUUUCUUAUGAUCUUAUGGUGAUGAUCGUGACAGCCUCCUGCUCUUUGAAGUUAAGACGAGGCCGCUAGUGGCCGUAACGUGUGUGAUGCGAUGGAAAAAAAGAAAAUCAUGUAUCUGUUUAGUUAUCACACGUACGUGCAUACCUAAUAUAAAUAGAAGCUAUAUGAAUAAACAAGAAAAGGAUAUUACAUUAUCUUAGAAUUAGCUUGCUUGGGAGAGUUUCCUUUAUUAUGUUGAACGUUUUAUGACCGAAUCAAACGGUUAUAUACACGUAUGAAGGAGAAUACAUUCAUCUACACAAAUUACAUGCCGCAUGUGUAAUAGAAGGGUUUACUAUCACUAAUUUUAUUAUUUUUACAUCUAUUACGAUGUAUAUCGAUUGUGCGCAAUUGAUGUACACAGUUACUUCGUCUUCUUCUUUAGACACAGUAAGUCUUAAGAGCCGCCAAUUCUUAGAUUACGCAUCGAGGAACUAGAUGUAUCAUGAUAGCGAUUAUACUGCUUCCUUUUUCUUUAGCGUGCAAUCGGCGGGACGAUUGUCCCGCGAUCUCAUUUAUAUUGACAUUGAUUUGUAUAAAAAUAGGCUGUUUUAUUGCCGCCGACAUCGCAUCGGAAGUAGCAUAUGAAAUCCUUGUUUCGACGAAUCUGUACGUCGAUAGAAUGAUCAAUGUCAUUUAUUAAAUCAAAGUUAUUUAGAAAUAUUUAAAGAAAUUCAAUGCAAAAUUUAAUGGCUGCUUUUCUGAAAAGAUUGAGAGAAAAUGAAAUCUUUAUUAAAUUUGCGCAAUUUUUUUUUUUUAAUGAAAGAGUUUUAUAAAUCAUGUACAUUUUGAAUUGUUCUUUGUAUUUUGAAAUGAUAUUUUUUAGUAUUUUAAAAUACCGGUGAAUAUCGCUAAUAUCGAGUUACUAAAUAUUUACAAAUAUUGGAACAUUUGUCAUUUCAAUUCAGAGGUAUUAAACACAAUUUUUGCGUAUGACAUUGCAUUUAGUGAAGUAAUUUUUAAUAUCUUUGAAUAUAUAUAUUUAAAAAAUAUAUAUAUUUAAAAAAGAAAAUGUAAAUAUAUACACGCGCACACGUAUUUGCGAUACGAUGGUUGUUAGAAUUAUGGGAAAGUUGAAUAAUUUUUGGACGCAAUACGGGCAUGGAUUUUUUCAAUUUGUACGUCUGGGAUUUUUUCUAAGCAUUUAUGUGUGUUUUUCUUCUCAUUGUCCCUAUGAGUCCUUCCUCGAGGCGUAUAUAUUUGCGGAGUGGCUCAUUAAGACAAUAGUAAACGUGGUGCAGUUUAGCUUUUCUUUUGAUAAGGGUCUAGACUAAACGCAAUUAUUAUAUUACAUGUUGUAGCCUAAAUAAAAGAUUUUGUAAUAAAAUUCAAUAUAUUGAAAUAAUA